UCAAAUAUUGUACAAAUGUUCGGAUAGGAGGUCAUAUUCGGAUACGAUUAAAAAACGCACACAAAAUUGCCUUUAAUAGUGCUUUUAAUGAGGGACACAAAAGUUGAACAGGCUUGUCAAGCUGGUGAAGAAUUCUCAAAGCUGUAUUAUGACACAAUUGAUAAAAAACGACAUUUACUAACUAAGUUAUACCAAGACUCUGGGGAGGCAACAUGGAAUGGAAAUAAUUUGAAAGGGAAAGAAGCAAUACUGAAAUUCUUCACAGAUUUACCAACAUCAGAACAUAAAGUAGAGUCUUUAGACUGC